GUUUCCCCUGUGUGUUAAAAAUAGAGGAUAAAAGCUAAUAGCCUAUGAACAGUGUAAUUGAUGCAGUAAAUCAAGAUAACUCAGUUAUUACUCUUUCAGCAAAUACUAUGGAGGUCCUUCAACUCCAGUCUGGUGAUACUGUCCUGGUUAAGGAGAGUAGGGACAAGACUACUGCUUUAAUUGUUAUAUCUGAUAACAAAAUGGAGGAUGGAUAUGCUUGUGUUAACCAUGUUGUGCGUAACAACCUUGGUAUCAAACAUGGUGAUAUUGUCAGGGUCUAUCCUUGUGAUGAUAUAAAAUAUGCUAAGCAUAUUGCUAUCCGGCCUGUGCUAGAUACUAUGGAAGGCUUUACAGGCUCUCUUUUUGAGGACUACCUUGCUCCUUACUUCCGGGACCAUUACCGGCCAGUUCACCAGGAUGAUCUGUUUACUAUACAACACGAUGAUCGUGAGGUGGAAUUUAAGGUCAUAGAGCUUGACCCUCCGGAGUAUGGUAUUGUUGAGGAGCAGACACUUAUUCAUUGCGAUGCGAGCAACAGGCAGCAUUGUCACAGGAUCCGAACUAGACCUCGGCAGGUCCCAUGGGACCCAUCCAGCAAAUUCCUGUAUCAAUAUGCUUGAAAAUAGCCUCAUUGAAUACUAUAAACCUGGUUUAAUAUUCUAGCAGGAUAACGCGCGAAUAUAUAUAGUAGAGAUAGUACAGAAGUGGUUUGAAAAUUAUAGUAUAUAGGUUAUUAAUUAGCCUCUACACUUACCUGAUAUAAACCUAAUAGAAUAUAUUU